GCACAGUUGUAUCUAUUACUACAGAACGAACCACGUGAACAGGCUCUGACACUAGAGCAGUUUAAGUAUUUUCGCGACGAUAUUUUUGAGGAUUGAUGCAGCAUUCGAAGCAGUUAUACGAGAAGGGUAUCAUAAAGAAUCGCAAAAUGCUAACCCAGUCACAGUAUGCAGAUUACAAGUUUGUUUGCCGCUUAGAUCACAUCAAAACAUUUUACGCAUCCAUCAAGUCAAUAUGUUUCAGUGAGUUUGGCACGCUGCAAGUGAGUGAGGAUGGUUUAUUGAUUACAGUGGAGCAAGGAAAGUCGAUACAAGCAACGCUGUUUAUAGCUCCUGCCUUUUUUUCAGAAUUUUACGUACAGGAUUCUCCCAGCUUUAGCAUUCAGAUCAAUGUGCUUGCCGAAUGUUUAAGUCUCUUUGGGCUGGCAGAUUGCAGCAUUAAAAUGAUGUACAAGGGCGACGGGGCUCCAUUACUUAUUUUGCUAGAGCCGCACGAUGACGAGGAUGUGAGUACAGAGUGUGCCAUUAGAACCACAAAUGUGGAGGAGCCCAUUGAGUAUGAGCUGGAUCCAAACAGUUCAAGCUUAAACACGUUAUUUAUGCGUGGGCCAGACUUUUCCAAUAUUAUUCACGAGCUCGACAAAGCGGCAGAAGAAUACGAGUUUACAAUAUCACCAUUAGCACCACAUUUCAAGAUAGCUACCGUUGGUGUUAUGCAGGCCGAAUCAAGUGUCGAGGUCGCUAAAAGCAGUGAUAUGAUUAUAUUAUUCAAUUGCCGUGAGACAACAGUGGCCCACUACAAAAGUCAGCAGAUACGCAUGACUAACAAAGCAUUGCAGGUGGCUACCAAGGUGGCUAUAAAAACUGAUGCCAGCGGUCUGCUGGAGCUGCAUUUCAUGAUGCAGUCGGAAAAUGUUGAGGAGAUGUACGUUCGUUUUUUUAUUACACCACUGUUGGAUAAUAAAUAA